AUGGUUAAUAGUUUAUAUGAGAGCAAAAAGUUAACACAAGCACUUGGUUUACCUGUGGAAUUGAUUGACACUUGUAGGUCUGGAUGUAUGAUAUAUUGGAGGGGAGACAAAGAUCUUGAUUGGUGCAAGUUUUGCAACGCACUAAGGUACAAAAAGUCAAGAAGUUCAUCUACACGUUCGCGUAUACCUUUCAAGAGAAUGCAUUAUUUUCCUUUGACUCCAAGGUUGAAAAGAUUGUAUGCUUCACAAGCAACUGCCGCCUCCAUGCGAUGGCAUGCUAAAAAUCAUGGUCAAGAUAUCGGGGUAAUGUGUCAUCCAUCUGAUUCUGAAGAUUGGAAGCAAUUUGAUAUUAGUUAUCCUGUAUUUGCAGCCGAACGACGUAAUGUUAGAUUAGCCCUAUGUACUAAUGGGUUUCAACCACAUGGAGCUUCAGGAAAACAAUAUUCAUCUUGGCCUAUUAUUAUAACACCUUAUAAUUUGCCACCAUCUAUGUGUAUGAAAGAGCCUUACAUGUUUUUGACUGCAAUUGUGCCUGGACCCGCGAACCCUAAGCAAAAAUUAGAUGUCUUUCUUCAACCGGUUGUUGCAGAACUGAAGCAGUUAUGGGAAGAAGGUGUCUUAACUUAUGAUGUUUCUUUGAGACAAAAUUUUCAAUUAAGAGCUACUUUGAUGUGGACAAUUAGCGAUUUUCCGGCAUAUGGAAUGUUAUCAGGAUGGACAACGGCUGGGAAGCUAGCAUGUCCGCAUUAUGGGAAACAUACACAAGCUUUUAGGCUUCAAAAUGAAAAGAUAAAGUUCAUCAAGAAUCGUGUAGAGAAAAAAGGUCCUCCUCCAAGUAUGAAUGGUGAAGAAACCAUAAGGCAAAUUGAAGAACUUGGUCUAUUAAAAGUGACUGAACUUAAUGCGGAGGCAGUAAAUAAAUCAUGUGGCAAAUAUGGUUGGAAAAAAAGAAGCAUAUUUUGGGAUUUACCUUAUUGGAAAACAAACCUCAUUAGACAUAAUUUUGAUGUUAUGCAUAUUGAGAAAAACUUUUUUGAGAAUUUGUUUUACACUGUAAUGGAUGUUAAGAAGAGGACAAAGGACAAUGCAAAUGCGAGAGAUGAUCUGAAACUCUAUUGUAAGAAGAGAAAAGGAGUAAAUCAAAAUCAAAGAGCAUAUUAUGCAUUAGAGAAGAAGCAAAAGAAAGUCAUAUGUGAAUGGGUAGAGAGUUUGAGUUUCCCCGAUGGGUAUGUUUCAAAUUUAGGAAGGUGUGUAGAUUUGAGCUCAUGUAGACUGUUUGGAAUGAAAAGCCAUGAUUGCCAUGUUUUUAUGCAAAGAUUGUUACCGGUUGCAUUUCGUGAGAUGUUGCCAAAAAAUGUGUGGGAAGCAGUUACUGAGUUGAGUCUUUUCUUCAAAAGCUUAACUUCAAAGAUAAUUACUACCAAAGACAUGGAAAGGAUUGAAGCUGAGAUCCCAAUAAUUCUUUGUAAGUUAGAGAUUAUCUUUUUCCCUUGA